GAUAAAUAUUAUAAUUUAUAUGAGAUAACAAGUUCACUUUCCGCUUUGCAUAAAUGUGAUCUAGUUCAUGGUGAUUUACAUAGUGGAAAUAUACUUUUUAAAGAUAUAUUUACUGCUUAUAUAAGCGAUUUUGGAUUAAGUAAACCGGCGGAUCAAUCUAUUGAUUAUAAUGUGAUUUCUGGAGUACUUCCAUAUAUCGCUCCGGAAGUUUUACGUGGAAAACCGUAUACAAAAGCUGCUGAUAUUUAUAGUCUUGGUGUUAUUAUGUGGGAAUUUACAUCAGGUGUUCCUGCUUUUAAUAAUAGACCUCAUGAUUUUAAUCUUUCCUUAGAUAUUUGUAGAGGAUUAAGACCAGAAAUUAUAGAAGGAACAGAACCUGAUUAUGAAGAAUUAAUGAAAAGAUGUUGGAAUACUGAUCCCAAAAAAAGACCAACU